AUGGAAAAAUCAAGUUAAAAUAUUUGCUAGAUUCACAAGAACUAGCCAUUGCUUUUAUUCUGCAUGGAAGAUAAAUAAAAAUUGUGUCUUAAAUGUGUAACCUAGCAUGUGGGACAUACCAUUAGUGACUUUGAAGAUGUGUGCAAAGCUGUUAUCAUUCCAAGAAUCCAAACCGAAAUCGAGGAGUAAUUUUCUAAGAUGAUUGUCAUUAAUUAAAACUCAGAAUAGAUCUAAAGCUAUUAGUCUUAAGUCAAAACUAAAUUAUUAAAAUAAGUGGAGGAGGUUGAAACUAAAGUUGAUGAGUUAUUAAAGAAUAUCUAAUCAUUCAAAGAAAAUUAUGUAAAAAAAGUUGAAGAUUAUAUAGAUUCAAAUGACAAGGAGAUCUAAACUUUGAAUGACUAUAUAAACUCGAUAUAACCAUUGAAUUAAGAGUUUGUAAAGUACUUUGAUGUUAUUAAUGAACUAAACAAUGAAAUAGAGCAUGGUAAAAUCAUAGAUAUGAUCUAUGGCAGCGAUGAAAGUUAAACCAAAGAGGAUAUUAUCAAGGCAAAGAUCAAUUUAGUCGAAAAAUUAUAGUUAGAAAAAAUAGAAAAAUUAUCUGAGUAGGAAGAAAUUAUAAAAAAUGAGCUCAUGAUAGAUAUUGAAACAAUUUCAAAUGAUGUAAUUAGUGUCUUAAAUUCAAGCAAGGAAUCAUAAUUGAAUAAAUAGAACUAGAAAUUACCAGUGAUUUAUUAGAUAGAUGAAAAUCGUUGUGAACUAAAGUAUUUUGACUUGAACUAGAGACAAAUCUUUACUCGUAAAAUUUCCUAUGAUACUCAUAUCAUUCCAUUAUUCACAGGAGUUGGAAGUGUUCUGAACAGAAUUUUCCUUUUCGGAGGCAAGGAUAGAAGAACAAAGGAAAUUACCUGCUAAAGUUAUGAGGUGAUCAAGGGUCCAUAUGAGGACUAUGAUUUAGCACUUUUGAACAAAAUGUCUAAAAACAGGUCCAGAUGUGCAGUAGCCUCUUUCAAUAAGAAAUUUGGGAAAUUUGAUCCAUUUUUAGUGAUAGUAGGAGGAUCAGAUUAAUAUAAUGCACUUAAUCACUGUGAACUAUACUAUCCUAAAACAGAUACUUACUAUAAUUUCCCUAAUUUAAUGCUUCAUAGAGAAAAUUCUUCUGUGUGUCUUAUGGAUAAUUGUUCUGGCACUGGGAAGACCUAUCUUUAUUGUUUUGGGGGUUUUAACAAGUAAGCUAUUGAUCAAAUAGAAAGGAUUGAGAUAAAUUUUGAUUAGGAUGGAACUCAUCCAUUAAAUUAAUAGAAAUGGGAAAUUUUAAAAAAUGUUACAAUGGAUAGAAGUGCUGAAAGUUGUGGUUUAUAUCAGCUUAGUGAAAAUGAGAUUAUGAUUUUUGGUGGGUUUUAAAGAGGUGAGGAUGAUUCAACUUAAGUAAUGAUCUACAACAUUGAUUCUCAAUCAUUUUUAGGCAUAAGAUCAAGAUUAAAAGAAUAAGACUGCUUUGCAUUGGCAUCAUUUACUCAUAUUUAUUCAGAUAAUCAAGAAGUUAUUACACCUAAUGAAGAAAAUUAAUUGAUUUAAAAAUCAAAGGAGAGUAAGCAUCUCUAUGCAUUUUCUAUUUUUGGGAAAUUACAUUGUAUGGACUUUAAUACUUUUGAGUGGAAUAUUAUUCUCGAUAAUUCCUCAGAGUUAGUUAAAUAGCCACAGAAUUGA